UGUGUACGUAACGCAACGCAUGCGCUUCUCAGGGGAGUCACGUUUUAGGUGUCAAUUCGUUCGUUUUGCUAAAGUUGGCACUCUUGUAGUGAAUUUUCUUUAUUGUAAAAAUCUGUCUAGCAUAGACGGUGAAAAUGGGCAGGAGACCUGCAAGAUGUUAUCGGUAUUGUAAGAACAAACCGUAUCCCAAAUCGCGGUUCUGUCGUGGUGUUCCCGAUCCGAAAAUCCGUAUCUUCGAUUUGGGUAAAAAGAAGGCGGCCGUCGAAGAUUUUCCUCUGUGCGUCCACUUAGUUUCGGACGAAUAUGAACAGCUGAGCUCCGAAGCAUUGGAAGCGGGCCGUAUUUGUUGUAACAAAUACUUGGUGAAGAACUGCGGUAAAGAUCAGUUCCAUAUUCGUAUGCGAUUGCAUCCUUUCCAUGUAAUCCGAAUUAACAAAAUGUUGUCCUGUGCCGGAGCCGAUAGGCUUCAGACAGGAAUGCGUGGUGCUUUUGGAAAGCCUCAAGGAACUGUCGCUCGCGUUCAUAUUGGGCAACCUAUCAUGAGUGUACGCUCAACGGACCGUUUUAAGGCACAGGUUAUUGAAGCUUUACGUCGUGCCAAAUUCAAGUUCCCUGGCCGUCAAAAGAUUUACAUCUCGAAGAAAUGGGGAUUCACAAAAUACGACAGACAAGUUUAUGAAGAAAUGAAAGCAGCUGGACAACUUGCCCCAGACGGAUGCAAUGUCAAAUACCGUCCAGAGCACGGCCCAUUGAGUAAGUGGAAGAGAGUUCAGGAAGAACUCGCUGCUGCUUAAUUUUAAUAUUUUUUGACACUUAAUAAAAGAUGUUACGACAA